AUGCCUACAACACCAACAAAGGGCAACCGGAGAGGAGGAGGACAGGAACCAGAGAGAAACAGGAAAAACAGGUUAACAGAGAAAGCGUCGUCGUUUCAUGGGAAAAUACCGGCGGAAAUUCCGGAGGCGAGGAUUCGGCGGCCGAAGACACUCCCAGACUUGCUCGCCGGAAGAAGCUUUCCGGCUACAGUAGCGGAGGUGAGACCGAAGUUAACGAAGGUUUUAAUCAACGUGACUAUCCAAGGAAGCGUUGGUGCGGUCCAGGUUUUGAUGUCUCUUCAAUCCACAGUAGGCGAACUCAUCGCCGCCUCCAUCCAGCAGUACUCGAAGGAAGGCCGCCGUCCGAUUAGCACCAAUGACUCCUCCAGAUUCGACCUCCAUUACUCGCAGUUUAGUUUAGAAAGUUUGGAUAGGGAGGAGGAACUAAUGGCGUUGGGUUCAAGAAACUUUUUUCUGUGCCCCAAAAAAUCGGGGAUGGACGGCGCGAGUUGUAGUGGUAGUGGAGGAUUGACCACGACGUCGUCUCCAUCAUGUUCGAAAGAGGUUGAAAAGGAGGUUGCUAAAAGUGGAUUUCUUCCUUGGCUAAAAUUCAUGGAUUUCUUGCUGUGA